AGAACCCUCUCGCUGAGCUUCAUCCUCGGUGCUUUAUAUUUUAUUUUGCGAUCUUUAGGUUUUUAAUGUGAAUAUUAACGCCAAUCAAGAUACACUAAAAUAAGGUGGUACAACAGAAGCCAGCCUAACUGAAGACAUAUUAUGAAUGUUUAUAUUUCACAUUGGCAGUAGAAACCUAGAGACAAGAUUUUCUUAUAUUAAAGUUUUGAUGGCAGAAAAAAGACAGUCGUACGGUGUUGGGGAAGCAAUGGAGCAACUCACAGGACCUGAGAGACAGAAGUGGGCCAGUAUGGACCCUGAAGAAAGAACGUUAGCAGCUGCCACAGCUUUUGCGCAUAUCUGCGCAGGGCAGGGUGAGGGAGAUGUCAGGAGAGAGGCCCAGUCUAUCCAAUAUGAUCCCUACAGUAAAGCCUCGGUAGCCCCAGGGAAGCAAACUGCGCUUCCUGUGCAGCUGCAGCACCCCCACGUAGACAGUCCUGGCACCUCGCAAACAGUCUCAGAGGCCUCUCAAAGACUCCGAAAGCCAGUGAUGAAGAGAAAGGUGCUGCGUAGAAAGCCAGAUGGGGAAGUGUUAGUGACAGAUGAGUCCAUUAUCAGUGAAUCAGAGUGCGGCACAGAAAGUGAUACAGAUCUCUGGGACUUAAAACAAAGGUUGAUGAAUCUGCAGUUCCAGGAAGACAGGGAGUCCCCAGUGGAUAUUUUGCAAAACUUUAAUCAGCCACAUGAAUAUCAAGGGAUUUCACAAGAUCAAUUUAUUUGCUAUCUACAAGGAGAGGGAAUGGGCCCUCCAGCUUAUGAACAAGACCUGAUUGUUGCCAGCAGACCCAAGUCCUUCAUUCUCCCAAGGCUGGACCAGUUAAGCCGAAACCGGGGCAAGACAGACCGGGUAGCCCGCUAUUUUGAAUACAAAAGGGAAUGGGACUCAAUGCGGUUGCCUGGUGAAGAUCACAGGAAGGAGGUACGGUGGGGUAUCCGAGAAAGGUUUCUUUCCAGAGCAGAACCCCAGCCUAAGCCUCAGCGUGUGUAUGUUCCAAACAAUUACGUAGUACCAACUGAGAAAAAAAGAUACGCCAUUCGUUGGGGUGUUCGUUGUGACCUUGCAAAUGGUGACAUGCCCAGGAAGCUUCCCUUCCCUUUUUCUUCAUAACUCUUUAAAACCUGUCUCUCCUUCAGGAUUAUUUAGGAUAUCCUGGUUCUUUAUCCCUUUCCUUUUAAAUAGAAACAACUGCCUUAAAAGUUCACAGAAUGUUUUAUAGAAUAAGGAUUUCACCCACCAUUAGUCUUCCCCUGCUGUGUGUCAUACAGCUAUCAGAUACAACUUAACUUCCAAAUUGCCACUGUCAAAUACAGAAAUUACAAGAAAAACCUAUCUGGGCUUCCUAUGUUGUAAAAUUAGUAUGCACCAUUUGUGUUUGAAAGCCUUUUUAUUUUGGGCCAGUGUGAGUACUGUGUCUAAAUGUGGUUUAAAGUUGAUGGGCAUUAAGUUUACCUAUUAAAGAAU